AUGGAUAGUAUACAAAGAUUAUCUAUUAUUACUCAUGGUGCUGCUAGUAGUCAUACAAUAGUAAAUAAUAAUAAUAAUAUUCAAACGUUAGCUCAUGAUAAAACACAUGAUAUAAAAAGUGGACAUUUACAAAAACAUAAUCAUUUAACUACAUUUCAAUCUCUACCAGAUUCAAUAAUUCUUCUAAUAUUUUCUUAUUUAACUCCACCUGAUCUUAUUCGUUGUUCGCGUGUAUGUCGUCGUUGGUAUAUAUUUGUUACACAUAAUCAACAAUUAUGGCGACGUCUUUUUCUACGUCCUGAAUGUAUGAAUGGUCAUAUUGGUGCAAUUCAUGUUCGACAUAUUGAAUCAUUUAUUCAUUUACUUGGUACUCGUUGUGCAUCAUCUCUUCUCUAUAUUGAUUUACCUGUUGAAUUAAUAACAAUUGAAAUUCUACGUGAAUUAGCUCUUCGUUGUCCAAAUUUAGAAUAUUUAACACUUGAUUUUUCAACCGCAAUGCAAUUACAUGAUUUUAGUGAUUUAAAUGAAUUUCCAUAUAAUCUUAAACGUUUAUGUAUAUGUUUAUCAGAAGUUAUUUUUCUUGAAUCUUUUAUGCGUCGAAUUUAUGGAUAUCUUUCAUCAUUACAUACUAUACAUAUUAUUGGUACGAUGGAAAAACCUUGUAUAUCACCACAAGAAGAUGCAGAUAAUUAUGAAACAAUAAAUAUAAGUAAAAUAAAAGCAAAUGCACCAAAUUUACGUGUUAUUAAUUUAUAUGGUAUAAAUUUUGUUGAUGAUAGUCAUAUUGAAGUUAUUGCAUCUGGUUGUAUACAUCUACAAUGUCUUGCAUUAAAUUAUUGUAUAAAAAUAUGUGGAACUAGUUUUAAAAAUUUAAUGACUCGUUGUGGAAAAUUACAAUGUUUGCUAUUACAAAAUACGGGUAUUCAAGAUGGACCUAUGCUUGCUGUGGAUUGGUCAACAACUCAACUUUCAGAAUUAGAUUUGUCAUCAACUGAGCUAAGUGAAAAAGCUCUACUUGAAUUUUUUCGUAUUAUACCAAAACUUACAUAUUUAGCAGUUCCUUUUUGUGAUGGUUUUACCGAUAAAGUAUUAAAUUUAUUAAUUGAUCUUGGUAAACUUAAUGGAUGUCGAGCUUUGGAUUUAAGUAAUACAGUAAAUUUAAAUAUCGAAACAAUGUAUCGUCUAUUAUUAUCAUCACCUGAUAUUACUCAACGACUUGAAGCAUUAAGUUAUACAGGUCAUGCAUGUAUUACAGAACAAUUUUGGAUUGAUGCUAUUCGAUUUCUUCAUAAAAUUAAAAUAUUGAUUAUGGGUACAGCACACAGUUGGUUUCGACAAAUAUCACGUCGUAUUCAUAUCGAUCAGAUAUUAGAUGCAUGUGCAAUUCAUUGUCCUAAUUUAAGACGUCUUGAAAUUCAAUGGGAUCCUGAAACAGUUGGAUUUAGUAGUAAUUCAUCGAAAUUUAUUGAUCAUUUGAGAAUACGAUGUACAAAUUUAUUAUCAUUUGUUCUUUCUGAUGGACCUUAUUAUGAAGGUACAAAAGCAAAUUUCGAACGAGCUGAACGAAGUAGUGUUGUACGAACAACAACAAUGUAUCAAACAAGUAUUAUUAGUACACUCAGUUUUUAUAAUGAAUUAAGAUUUAAUUAA